CCUGAGUCAGGCAGAGGAGAGGAAGCAGGCAGGGAGAAAGCAGGGAAAUAUUAUCUUUGCAGAAAUGGGCCUGGAUUCCUCUGAGGCAGAGAAGACUCCGUUGGUCAGGAGAGAGAGGCCAAUAGGUGACAGAAUGAUGCUGCCAAGACCCCUUAAUCCAUCUUUGCAUGGAGGCAGAGGAGAAACAUCAGGUCUGGAACCAGAUCAGGGCCUAGUAUGCUUUGAAGAUAUAGCUGUUCAUUUCGCAGACGAGGAGUGGGCGUUGCUGGAUCCUGACCAGAGAGCUCUGCAUAAAGAAGUCAUGGAGGAGAAUGGUGGGAUCAUGAACUCUCUCAUUGGUGAUGAAUCAGAGAUUAAGAACCAGGGAGACCAUGACCAUGUCUACACCAUGGAGAAGCAAUGUAGAUAUUCUGAGUGUAGAGAGAACUUCAGUCAAAGCUCCCAUUCCGCUUCCCUCCGAAUAAAUCCAUUGGGGAAGAAAUCCUAUCAAUGCUUGGAAUGUGCGAAGAGCUUCAGUCGGAAAGAGAGUCUCACUUCCCAUCAGAGAAUUCAUACAGGGGAGAAACCUUAUCAGUGCUUGGAAUGUGGGAAGAGCUUCAGUCGGAAGUUCAAUCUCACAGUCCAUGAAAGAAUUCAUACAGGAGAGAAACCAUAUCAAUGCUUGGAAUGUGGACAGAGUUUCACCUGGAAGGAAGGUCUCACUUCCCAUCAAAGGAUUCAUACAGGGGAGAAACCGUAUCAGUGCUUGGAAUGUGGAAAGAGCUUCAACCGGAAGGAAAGUCUCACUUCACAUCAAAGAAUUCAUACAGGAGAGAAACCGUAUCAGUGCUUGGAAUGUGGAAAGAGGUUCACCCGGAAGUUCUAUCUCAUAGUCCAUGAAAGAAUUCAUACAGGAGAGAAACCAUAUCAGUGCAUGGAAUGUGAACAGAGUUUCACCUGGAAGGAAGGUCUCACUUCCCAUCAAAGGAUUCAUACAGGGGAGAAACCAUAUCAGUGCUUGGAAUGUGGAAAGAGCUUCAACCGGAAGGAAAGUCUCACUUCCCAUCAAAGAAUUCAUACAGGAGAGAAACCAUAUCAGUGCUUGGAAUGUGGAAAGAGGUUCACCCGGAAGUUCUAUCUCAUAGUCCAUGAAAGAAUUCAUACAGGAGAGAAACCAUAUCAAUGCUUGGAAUGUGGACAGAGCUUCGGUCAGAAGACCAGUCUCAUAGGCCAUCAAAGAUGUCACAGUGGGGAGAAGCCAGACAAUGGCUGUAUAUGAAUUUACUUUUCAGAGACUUGGAUUAAUAUGUUCAACCUGGAUCCUGAGUUCCACUUCUGAAGGCCUUCUGCCAGUUCCCUGAUUGUGGGAAGUGAGGUUACACGGAACAUGGAGCCUUUUUGAUAGUGUUAAGAAAAUAAACAACUAUCUGACUUUAAGAUAGGGAAGUUUUUAAUGUU